AUGCUAUGCCACCGACUGGCCAGAUCUGCUAGUACCUCACGCACGGCUCUAUCCGUGUCCAUUGCUACCAUGUCAACUACUGCCGAACCCGCUCGGAAAGCCAUGCCCUCCGCAUUGACAUUUGACCGUCACGCCAAAUGCUCGACUACCAAAGCUCGCGCCAGUACCCUCCACCUUCCCCAUGGCUCAGUCCCUCUGCCGAUCUUUAUGCCCGUCGCAACACAGGCAUCGCUCAAAGGCCUCACAUACGACCAGCUACGCGAUACAGGAUGCAUGCUCUGUUUAAAUAAUACAUACCAUCUUGGAUUGAAGCCUGGUCAGGCAGUGCUGGACUCUGUGGGUGGAGCGCACAAGUUGCAAGGCUGGGAUCGGAAUCUCUUGACUGAUAGUGGAGGUUUCCAAAUAGUAUCCCUACUUAAACUAGCGACAGUUACAGAGGAAGGAGUGCGAUUCCUUAGCCCCCACGACGGCUCGCCGAUGUUGCUUACUCCCGAACACUCAAUCUCUCUCCAAAACUCUAUCGGCUCCGAUAUUAUUAUGCAACUAGACGAUGUUAUCGCAACCACCUCUCCAGAUCAUGCCCGUAUCAAGGAGGCUAUGGAGCGCUCCGUGCGCUGGUUAGAUCGUUGCAUCGAAGAGCAUAAGUACCCCGAGAAGCAAAAUCUAUUCUGUAUCAUUCAGGGUGGUCUAGAUCUGGAAUUGCGAAAACAGUGCUGCGAGGAGAUGGUCGCUCGAGAUACUCCUGGGAUUGCUAUCGGAGGACUCUCCGGUGGUGAGGCCAAGGAGGAGUUCUGCAAAGUGUUUGUCUCACUUCUUCUAUGGAUUGCCUUCAACGAGCUGACCGGCCACAGAGUGGAUACAUGCACGGGACUUUUGCCUGAAAAUAAGCCUAGAUAUGUUAUGGGCGUUGGAUACCCCGAAGAUAUUGUCGUCGCAGUGGCUCUAGGUGCCGAUAUGUUUGACUGUGUCUGGCCGACACGCACAGCGCGUUUUGGUGAUGCGAUCGUCUCUUCUGGUACUAUCAAUCUGCGUCGCAAGAUUUUCGAGGAAGACUUUAGACCAAUCGAGGAAGGAUGCACUUGCACCUCUUGUCGCCCAGUUGACCAAGGAGGUCUCGGGCUCACCCGAGCAUAUAUGCACCACAUCACCGCUAAAGAGACCGUCGGUGCUCAUCUUCUGACAAUUCACAACGUUCACUUCAUGUUAACCAUGAUGGGAAAUAUCCGACAGGCUAUCAUUGAGGAUAGAUACCCAGCUUACCUUCGCAAGUUCUUCUCUAAUAUCUACGAAGGUGAUAGGUCCAAAUACCCCGAGUGGGCGGUCGGUGCCUUGCGUGGUGUUGGGGUGGACUUGUUGGCAGACUCAUAA